GAUGGCUAUGAAUGACUGAAUGAAGAAUUCUUCCAAUAAUGUUUUAUAUACUUAAACUUAGGCCACUUUUUUUUUUUUUAAUUUUUAAUUCGUGGGAGACUUUUAAGGAAAAUGUUAUUUGGACAACAAAAGUUUGACACAGUUUUGACAACGGCGACGUGGCAGCUGUGCAUUGGCUCAGUGAAUUGAAAACAAACCAGAGAAAGUGAACCGGGGCGAGGGGUAUUUUGGGUUUUCUAGAUUAAAAUUUUAACAUUUGGGUUUGGCGGUUUAGGGUGCGAAAGACGUUCGUUCAAGCCUUGCUUCUUCUCGUUCGUUCAAGCCUUCUCUCUCGUCCGUCUUCUCUCUCGCUGUGUCGUCCGUCUUCUCGUUCGUUGAAGCCUUCGUUCUCUUUCCGUCUUCGAAGCUUCCAUCCUCGGUUUCGUUCUCUCCUCCUUCUUCAAAACGUGCGUUGAAACCUUGGAGGAUCUCUGUGGCUGUGUGUUCCAUCUUUACCCUAUCCACAGCGUUCAACCCUUCCAUCCAAAGAGAAACCCUUACAUUUUGGUGGCCGUUGCAAUGGAAGGGAAAAAAGCAAGUUGGCGACUUCUUAUCUCGAUGGAUUCAUCGAUCAUUAUUGAAAUGAAUCGUUUACUCCAACAGUGUCAUGUGGAUCGGAUUAGGAUGACACCAUUUAUGUGGUGUGUGAAUAUUAAUAACCCUGUGGAGGUGAAUUUAAAAUUAUUGAAGGUUAUGGUUAGCAGGUGGGUUGGAAAUGAUAACAGUUUUAGAGUUAGUCAAAAGUUGGUGCCCUUUAGAGUUGUUGAUGUGUUGAUGAGCUUAGGUUUAGAAAUAGGUGGUUUAGAGAUUCCCUUUGAUGAAGUAGUUGGUGGAUUGGUUGGUGAAAUGUUCAAAUAAAAAACCAUCAGUUUGAAGGACUUGACAGACAUGUUUAAUGUCAUUGUUGAUGAUAAAAACAUUGAAGUCGAUGUAGUGUGUAGGUUAUAUAUAUUAGUUUGUUUGGUUGUUUUCUAUUUCCCUAGGAAAUCAAGGCAUGUUUGUAACAUGCCUUUUGGAGUGUUAGAUGACUUAGACCGUUUGUGUCUAUAUGAUUGGUGCACCGGUGUACAUAAACACAUUGUAGAGAAUUUAAAUAAAUGUAAGAAGAAAAUUAUGGGAGCAGGUAUCCCCCAGUCAGUCACUCUUAGUGGCAAUGUGGCAGUGUUGCAGGCUUGGGCGGUUGAGAGACUUUCUUUGCAUGGUCAUCCUUCGCACCGGUUUUUCCCGCGCAUAAUGAGAUGGUUCCCGUUUAAAUCAAGGACCGAAAAAAUUGAAAAUAUUUUUAUGACCGGAGAUUUAAAUAUGGAGUGGUAUAUACGAAAUGAAGAUCGUCAUAGGCCGGAAAUCCAUGCAGCUUUCAACAUGGAUGACGGAGGAAUGAGUGAAGGAUCCUUGGGUGAAGGAUCCAAGGUUGACAAAGACGAUGAUGAAGACGAAAGCUCUGAUGACGGGGCAUGGGAAGCAGGUGCGGAGGAGAGAUUGAGGAAAAAUAACGAACAUAUCAGAGCAUUGAAUGCCAAGAUUGGAGUUCUGACUAGGGAGCUAUUUGAAAUUUAUCAAACUCCAAUCUUUCAUGAAGAAGAUGCAUGUGCCACUGAUGAAGAGGUUGGGGGUGGAGGUGAGGAGAAUGCUGAAGUUGGGGGAGAAGAAGAAGGUGAUGGACAUGGAGUUGGAGGUGAGGAGAAUGCUGAAGUUGGGGGAGAAGAAGAAGGUGAUGGAAAUGAAGUUGACGACCCCCUAGGUGCACAUGCUGAAGUAAGAGGGGAUGAUGAAACUGUUGGUAACAUUAAUUUUAUUGAAAUAGAAGAUGAUGGUGAUGAAGGAGAACCGGAGGUCGUGCCAUUGGCUAUACCCCCAUUGCGGAGUUUUGUUGGUGAUCCAAGCACCAGUGUUGAUGUAAACCAAUUGUAUACAGCAGUCAGCAUCAGAGAGAUGAACGUACACAGGGUUGUAAGCGAGAUAAUUGGCCAAAGCUUGAGCACGACUUCAAUUUACACUUUGGCCCCAAUGAAAUACGUUGACAACAUGGUGGUGUUAUUUGCUUGUACGGUCUUUAUGUACUUUGAGAAAAGGUUGUGCGGUGUUUUUAAGAGGUUUCAUUUUAGUCCGUUAUACUCGCACCAUAUUCUUACAGAUUAUAGGAAACGUCCACAGAAUCGCCAUGUAUUCACGCUUCAUAACUAUAACACUUAUUUGCGUUCCGAUCAUUUUGGACUUGAAGAAUUACCCACGGCGGACUUUUUGUUUCUGCCAUUUGUCCACGAUGAUCAUUGGUGGUGUUAUUCAGUGAAAUUGAGGUCAAUGGAGAUUUUUGUGAUUGAUUCAUUGGGGAAGGGGAUCAGAGACCGAAAAAGGAUAGACACAGCCGUUGCUGAAAAUAUGGCACGGUUUUUUUGCAUCCUGAUGAAUAUACCGGAAGGUAGUAUUGGUCCUUUGACAGUUAAACAAGCAAAUAUCCCAUCCCAACCAAACUUACAUGAUUGUGGAGUAAUAAUGUUGAAAGCAAUGGAAAUCUGGGAUGGAGAUGAAAAAUACAACGGGAAAAGCAUGCCUGAAUAUACAAUUGAGGAGCUGCUUGGGAUUAGAAAGAAAUAUGUGUGUGACUGGAUCCUGGACAAUGAGAACAUUAGCAGAAUGGAAGCCCUACAUCUAUACGGCAUUGUCUAGGAUUGCUAAGAAAUUAUCAAAUUUUGACAUGUAUAAGAUGUUCAAAUAUGUACCUAAUGUUAUUUGACAAUUUUGACAUGUAUAAGAUGUUCAAAUAUGUACCUAAUGUUAUUUGACAAUGUACAGUAUGUGUUUGUAAUAAGAAUAGU